AACAUUAGUAAUGUAUAGACGUAAAUAACAUAGAGAGAGCCACUUCACUUCAAGUUCAAGAAGAAGAGAAUUAACUGUUAACUCAAAAACACUGCAAAAAAAUGAGUCUAAAACAAAUCUGGUUCUGGAUAAUACUCACUUUUCUGUUUCUGUUUUUUCUAAAGACAAAUUCAGAAUCAGAAAAUGUCAGAAAAGCCCUUGUCAAAUUCAUGCAUCAACUUGAACCACCUGAUCAGAAUUCGAUGCAGGGUUGGAACCUCACAUCAGAUCCAUGCGCUCAUAACUGGCUAGGUGUAACUUGUUACGCAAACAACCAAUACAUUAAGACUAUAGUUCUUGAAGAACUUAAUUUCACCGGCGUUCUAGACGCUACUUCUCUUUGCAUUGCUAACACUCUUCAGUACCUCAGCCUCAACAACAAUUACUUACACGGUUUUAUAUCGGAGGAUAUAAAAGACUGUAAGUUUUUGACACACUUGCUUCUUAGUGGUAACAAAUUCUCUGGCAAUCUUCCUGUUUCCAUUCCUCAACUACGUAACAUGAAGCGCCUGCAUGUUUCAGACAAUCUCUUCACCGGAAACCUUCCAAAUAUGGUUAAUGUUACAAGCUUGAUAUCUUUUUUAGCUCAAAACAACAAUUUCACUGGUCAGAUUCCUGAUUUUGAUUUCUCCAACUUUGAAGUUUUUAAUGUCUCUAACAACAAUUUACGCGGUCCUGUUCCUGAUGUUGGAGGUAGAUUUAGUGCAGAUAGCUUUUAUGGUAAUCCUAAUUUAUGCGGAAAACCAAUUUCAAACUCGUCAUGUCCGCCUCCACCACCACCUCCUCCUCCAAUCGUUAUAAAAGACAAAAAGAAAAAUCCAUUUCUUAAUGAUUUGCCAAUUUAUUCAGGCUACAUAGUUAUUGGUUUAAUGUUCAUAAUUUUCUUGAUCUUCAAGUUGUCAAGAAAAUGCAUGACCAAAAAUAGAGAAACAGGAUUAGAUCAUGUUGAAAAGAAGGACAUGUCACAAGACACUAGUGGUGGCGUUGUUAUUGUUGGAGGUGAAAAGCUUAGUGAGAUAUUAAAUUCAAAUGGAUCAAAGAAUUGGUUUAAUGGACUUGGAGUUAGAUCAGAGUAUUCUAUGACAUCUAUGGAAAGUGGAGUGACUACAUCAGGUCUUGUUCUUCUUUCAAGUAGAAAGCUUAGGGGAUUGCAAUUUGAGGACUUGUUAAGUGCUCCUGCUGAAUUGAUUAGGAGAGGAAAACAUGGAAGCCUAUACAAAGUUAUGCUAGAUAAUGGUGUGCUUUUGGCUGUUAAGAGGAUCAAGGAUUGGGGGAUUUCGAAGCAUGAAUUCGAGAGAAGGAUGAACUUAAUAGCUCAAGUGAAGCAUACUCUUGUAAUGUCACCUGUUGCAUACUAUUGCUCUCAGCAAGAGAAACUUCUGGCGUAUGAAUAUCUUCCGAAUGGUAGCCUCUUCAUGUUGCUCUAUGGAUCUCAAAGUGGACACUCUCUUGAUUGGAGGAGCAGACUAGAUGUUGCUGCUAAGAUAGCUGAAGCUUUGGCCUAUAUGCAUGAGGAGCUUGGUGAGAGUGGAAUAGCACAUGGUAACUUCAAAUCGAGUAACAUUCUGUUUGACAAGAAUAUGAACCCACAAAUAAGCGAAUAUGGUCUAAUGGUCGCGGAAAAUCAAGGUGUCAUUUCUCAUAUCAGAAGCCGCAGAAACAAAAACAUGUCUGCAUCAGCCACCUUCAGAGCUGAUAUAUAUGCCUUCGGUGUGAUACUUCUCGAACUCCUGACAGGAAAAGUAGUUAAAAAUGAUGGAUUUGAUUUGGUUAAAUGGGUGAAUUCAGUCAUCAGUGAGGAAUGGACUGCAGAAGUUUUUGAUAGGUCUCUAAUCUCACAAGGUGCUUCUGAAGAGAGAAUGGUGAACUUGUUGCAGGUGGCAUUAAAAUGCAUUAAUCCUUCUCCAAAUGAUAAGCUAAGUAUGAGUCAAGUGGCACUCAUCACAAAUGCGCUGAAAGAUGAAGACGAAAAAUCUGUAUCCUUUGACAGAUGAUCGAGAUUUUAGUUAUCGUAUCAUAUACUAGUCUAUAAUAAAAUUUUAGAAGAUUCAAUGUAAUUUCAAUUAGCAAGAAUGUCUCUUAUACCAGGGAAUGUAGAGGCUGGUAAUGUUAUAAUGUCUACUGCUUAAACAUCAUCACUGUCUGCAUCCCUGCUAUGGAAUUUGUGUUUUUUAGUACAUAAUCACAUGCCUCACAAAUUGAGACAAACUUGUUUUCAACUUAAACAAUUGAAUAACUGAAACAAUCUUUGAU